UCUUAUACCUCUGAUAACAAAAUUUAUACCUCAAUUAAAAUAUUUGAUGAAUCAUUACAACCUGGACAAACAAUAACCUGUAAUUUAUUCUGUGAAAUUUCAAAUGCUGAAAACUUUUUAAAACCUGGAAAUAUUAUAAGACUACAUCGAGUUAAAUUUGAAGAAAAUAAAAAUAAAUUAAUUGCAGUUGGUUUUGUUGGAUUUUCUUAUUUGAUUUUUUGUGGUCAAUAUCAAGAAAAAAAUGAAAUAUAUCCAUUAUCCCAUUAUCCACAAAAUUUUACCUUCACCAUUUAUGACAAAGAGAGAGUUUAUAUCUUGCAAAAAUUUUUAAUGACAGUUAAUAUUAAAUCAAAAGUUCCCUUUAACAAGCCAGUUUGUUUGGAUCAACUGGACAAGAAUAUUAACCAAUAUUUGGAUAUAAAUUGUCAAAUUGUAGGAAGGUGCUCAUUAUACAAAGGAGGCUUGAUAUUAUUUAUAUGGGAUGGAACUCAUUCAACAUUAAAAGACAGGAUAAAAAAAUGCCAUUUGAGUGAUGUAGAGAUUAAAAAUAUGCAAUUUGAUGGCAGGUUUAAGCAAAUAAUGAAUAAAAAUAAAUACCUGAUUGUCCCUGUUUACGUGUAUGAUGAACAUGUUGAAAGUUGCCUGAAAUUUAAGCUUAGGGAUAUAGUUAAAAUAGCAAAUUUUCACGUGUCACCUAUACCCUUCUCCAUUAACCAAAGUACUGAAGUCGAACUCCCAAAAGUCGAAUUAAUUCUUCACGGGGGUGGUAAAAAUUUUGGCAGAGGGGUUUAUGCAUUUGACCACGAUGAAUUUUUACAGCGUUUGACCAAAGUGGAAGAAGAACUUUUGUCCUCUAAUUCAGAUAACAUUGCAGCGAAUAUUCAUGAAAGUAUGGGAAAAGAGGCUUCUCCUAGUCAGUAUUAUACGCCGUUAUCUUCAUUUCCCGAAUUGUUACUUAAAAAAUUAAAGGCUGAUACUUCCCGCCCAAUUGACAAAAUGAAUGACUCAGAUACGUUAUCACUUUCCUCCGAAAUCUUAAUGAGUCAAACUGCCAAAGAUUUGUGUUGUCGUGAUUUCAUAUCCAAAAUUUUAAGAUUAGACAAAACGCUGCAAAUUCAAUUCCGUAUUCUAACGAGUAUUUUAUAUCAAGCCAAACCUCUUAUUGACGCCAAUAUAAAUCAUACGCAAAAUAUUAACGAUUCCGCUAUCUAUAAACAUGAUUUUAAGAGCAUAAAAUAUAUACUCGAACAUUCCAGUUUGAUUACUAAUCAUUAUCGUAAAAUAGAAGAAGAUAAGAAACGAGGGGUGAUCCAAUCGACUAAUCUUCAAAAACAAUUUAAAACCCUUUACAGUGUUUGUUGUUGUGUGCAUGGCUACACACCGAAAGCUGACAACGUUUUAACAUUCAUUCAAGUUUGGUGUUCGGAAUGCAAUUAUUUAUCAAGAUGUCCACUUAACACUCUUCAUCCAAAAGCUGGGACCAUAAUUAAUCCUGCAAAGAAAACAAGAAUUGUUAAAAAUGAACAACUCUCCAAGUAUGUUUGGGAAGAUGAUUUAUCAACCGACUGCAGUGAAUACAGCUCAACCCUAUAUUCCCUAGCUAACGAUUCCUCUAUUCCUAAAACAAAAUCUCGUUUUAAAAGAAAGAAAAAAUGUAGAAAUGUUAAGGUUACUAAUAACUACCAAAAUAAGCCUAACUCAUUGUUAAUUUCGAUAGAUAAUAACGAUUUAAGCGAUGUUGACAUAGUUUCCAGUGAUGAUGGCGAUUUAUCAGAAUAUUACUCUGCCCCUCUAAACCCUAGUGAUGUGGAAGGCAUCGAUAAUUUAAAUUGGGUAGAAAAGGCUAUGCCUUUUACCUACAAGGACAAAAUUGGUUAUUUUAAUUGCCCGAUCUGUAGAUUGAACCAAAAUAAAAAAUUAUCGAAUUUCAAAUUAGGGAAUCAACUAGAGUAUGUUUACGCUUUAAAAUUGGGAUUGGCUGACAAAAUUGGUAAUAGCUUUAACGCUGUUCUGUGGAAGGAUGAAGCACUGAAAUUUUUUCAAGGAGUAGAGCCCAUCGAUUGUUUGAAGGAUCCAGAAAUUUUCGAAUCUAUCUCCUCGGUGUUGGAUAACGAACUGGUUUCUCCUCUCUUGGCAAAGAAUCAGAGCGUUCCGAAAACGAUACCUCUGAUCCAUUGCCAAAUAGCUUUUUAUAAAACGGCACAAUAUGAUAUCUAUCAUUACAUUGUAAAUACAGCUUUAAACAAUAUACCCUAAAAAUAUAUUAUUUCUU